CACCGAACACAGUGUGAAACCCAAGUAAAAACCCAUCGAAGAAAAAUGCGCCUUUUCUCUUCAAUUCGACAAGCUCGCCUUUUCUCUUCUUCAGCUUUGAUUCAACGCUUUAGCAGCUUCAACUGGGUCUCUCAAUCUUCAUCCAACCGCUAUGGUUUUCUUGGUUGUUUAAAGAGUUACAGUGCUGGUGCAUUUCCUGGGAAUGAAGGAAAUCCGGAGAAGAGUUUUGGUCAACAAACAGAGAAGGAGAAUAUCUCUGCUACGUAUACUUCGGAUUUCCGGAAUAAUAUUCGUCCUUUAGGUCAGAAAGACUUCAGGUCGGGCGGGAAUCUCAGGCCCAUGGAUUCUGUGAGGGAAGCAAUAAAUGGAGAUACAAUGGCAAACUAUAGGGGUUCACAAUUUCCUGGGAAUUAUGGAAAUCUGGAGAGGAGUUUUGGUCAACAAACAGAGAAGGAGAAUAUCUCUGUGAGGUAUGCUUCGGCUUUCCGGAAUAGUACUCGUCCUUUAGGUCAGACAGACUUCAGGUCGGGCAGGAAUCCUAGGUCCAUGGAUUUUGUGAGGGAAGCAAUAACUGGAGAUACAAUGGCAAACUAUAGGGGUUCACAAUUUCUGUCAGACAAUGUCGUGCAGAAUGAACAUUUUGCGCACAUAAAGCUGAUGCGCAACAAUACGUUUGUCACUGUGACAGAUUCCAAUGGGAAUAAAAAAUGUGGAGCCUCGGCUGGAGUUCCUGGACUUUUAGGAGCCUCGAAAGUGUCCAAGUAUGCUGCCGAAGCAGUGGCGGAAUAUGCAGGACGGAAGGCAAGGAGAAUGGGGAUAAAGUCGGUUGUGGUAAGAGUGAAAGGUUUUACCCAUUUUAAGAGGAAAAAACAAGCAAUUCUUAGCUUUCGUGAGGGAUUUAAGAAUCCUAUUGUCUUCAUCGAGGAUGUCACACGUCAUCCACAUAAUGGAUGCCGGCUUCCGAAGAAGAGGCGUAUUUAACUUCCUCGCUUUCUUUAUCAUGAGGGCUUGAUUGAGAUUGUGAAAGUAUGUUGG